UUGAGAAAAAAAAAAUCCUUUGAAACGACGUCGUCUGUUGUUGAUGUGAGAGUGGUACAGUAGAGUGAGUCAUAGCGCACAAGCAGAAACAGAGAGAAUAGGAAGAAAGGAACAUAAGCUCAAAAUCAGAGAAACAGAGUAAUCAAAAUGUUGCGAUCACUGAAUCACAAAACCCCUCCAUUACUCUUCAACUUAAAUUUCAACAACUUAACCUCAUUUCAUAGUAGACUCAAAAUCACACAAGCAUUCUCCUCCGCCGUGUCACCGCCGUCAAAAGCAAUCAUAUACGAGUCACACGGCCAACCCGACGCGGUGACGAAAUUGGUGGACAUUCCAGGUGUGAAAGUGAAAGAGAAUGACGUAUGCGUCAAGAUGCUGGCAGCUCCAAUAAACCCUUCCGAUAUCAAUAGGAUACAAGGUGUAUAUCCCGUCAGACCAGAACCACCAGCUGUUGGUGGUUAUGAAGGUGUUGGAGAGGUUCACUCUGUUGGCGCCGCCGUAACUGCUUUCUCUCCCGGUGAUUGGGUUAUUCCUUCUCCACCUUCUUUUGGAACGUGGCAGACGUACAUCGUGAAGGAUCAGAAUGUGUGGCACAAAGUAAACAAGGGUGUGCCUAUGGAAUAUGCUGCUACAAUUACUGUUAAUCCUCUCACUGCUCUUCUCAUGCUCGAAGACUGCGUUACUUUGAACUCAGGAGAUGCUAUUGUGCAAAAUGGUGCUACCAGCAUGGUUGGCCAGUGUGUCAUUCAGCUUGCAAAAUCUCGUGGCAUUCACAACAUUAAUAUUAUACGGGACAGGCCUGGGGUUGACGAAGUAAAAGAAAGACUUAAGGAUUUGGGCGCUGAUGAAGUUUUCACGGAAAGUGAAUUGGAAGUGAAGAAUGUCAAGAGUCUCCUGGGAGGUAUACCUGAACCUGCACUGGGAUUUAACUGCGUUGGUGGCAAUUCUGCUUCUCUGGUUCUCAAAUUUUUAAGACAGGGAGGAACUAUGGUGACAUAUGGUGGAAUGUCUAAAAAACCUGUCACUGUAUCAACUUCAGCCUUCAUAUUUAAGGAACUUUCCUUGAGAGGUUUCUGGUUGCAGAAUUGGUUGAGCACAGAUAAAGCUCAAGAGGGCAGGGAAAUGAUAGACAGGCUUUUGGGUCUUGUACAUGAAGGGAAGUUAAAAUACAAGAUGGAAUUGACUCCCUUUACCGAUUUCAACACAGCAUUGGACAAAGCUCUAGGAAAACUUGGGAGCCAACCAAAGCAAGUGAUCAAAUUCUAAAUUGAAACGUGGGAUUGGGUUUAAGGCUUGUGGUUGAUAACUUGACAUUCCUUUAUGCGAGGAAGGAGUUUUGUAUUAUAUCUGGCAUUUCUAUCUCGCCAUUUAGUACACAUAUUGUAGGAAUCUCGUGUAUGGUAAACGAAUACUGUAAAAUAGGUAUAAAUUAUUCGAAAUAACUUCUCAAAACAAUUAGAAAUGUAUUUGAGAGAAAGGUAAUCAACAUUCAAUUGUACUAUUCGAAA